AUGCCCUCCUCCGCCGCGCCAGAAGCCGCUCCAUCACACACCUGCCACUGCGGCAAGGUCUUCCUGCGCAAGGAGCAUCUUCGUCGCCAUCAGGCCACGCACUUUCAGCCGUCUUUUCAAUGCCCCACGUGCGGACGCUCCUUCACCAGGAACGACGUGCUCAAGCGGCAUCUUGUCGUGCACGCGUCGCGCAGCGGCAAAGGCUCGGCCAGAAACUGGCGCGCGUGCGAUGCUUGCCACGAGAACAAGACAAAGUGCAAUGGGGGCACGCCCUGCGGAUUCUGUGUCAAGAAGGACUUGUGCUGCACGACAGACCGCCCUCAAGCUGCAAAGGAUGACUCGACGCGGGUGCGUGGACGUGAGGCGGAAGAGACCCUGCCAGCAGAGAUGCUCGUCCAACAAGAGGCUCGGAGCAGAGGGACGUCAGAAACCGUGUCGUACCAUGUUGAUCGAGAACCACGGGCUCAGUCCUUCGUCGAGCAGGGUGUUGCGCACGCUGGCCUCUCCCGCGUUCUCUCCGCCGUGUCCUCCCUAUCAGCCGGUGCUGACUGGGCCACAGAGUCACGCCCCCACGAGCGGUACGAUGAAUGGAUGUCAUGCUGCUUGGACCGGUAUCUGGGCAGGUUCCACGAGAGGUGGCCUGUCGUUCAUGCGCCAUCCUUUGAUCGCACGACGGACAAUGCCCUGCUGGUCGGUUCGAUGACCAUGGUGGGCUCCUGGUAUCAGGACGGCUUGCUCGUGAGAGACAGCUUAAUAGCCAUCAACGACAGGAUCAUGAGCCGCGUGACCAAGUUGCUAGCCAACGACGAUCUGGACGAGAGCAAGGCCUGGCCGCUCGAGACGUAUCAGAUCGGCCUGCUGAACAUUGUCUUCGCUUUUGAGACCGGUACGCAGUUCGCCCCCGCGAGACGACUACUCAGUCUCAUCUUGCUUUGCUUCCGGCACCGCCGCAUCUUCGAUCCAGACUCUGUCGAAAAUCACAGAAACGUGCAUUAUCCGGGGACAUUCGAGCCUUGGGUUUACAAUCAGCGGAGCCAGUGGAAAAACCUUUCUGCGGUUGCAUUCAAGGUCGACACAUACUUGGCCCUUUUGUUCAAUGAACCGCCUCUGCUUCAUGCCGAAGAAUUACAGCUGAGUCUUCCCUGCACCUUCGCUUCCGAGAACGCCGCGGGCAUCGUUCGAUUCUUCCAGCGUGCCAAGAGAGAGCCCCCCGAGAGAGAGCACAUUGCCGUGGCCGACUAUGUGCUCUACCCGGAGUGGUUUGAGGAGCAAAUGAGCCACACCGCUCUGGAAGAUAUCAACCUCGGCCUCCUGGGCUGCUACCGUGACAUCUGGCGCCACGUGCAAAACCAAAGGGGGAACGGCCACGUGCGGCUGGUCUUGGCAGGGCCACUCUCCGAGAGACUCGAGCUUUGGAAAUCAAAACUAGACGCCAUUUCCCGCACACUGGGCGGAACAAGCAACACCGACGACACCGUCCGAAGAGGCCUCGCCAUGUCCUACCUGUGCCUGGAAGAACCAGGCGAUCCCGGCUGGGAGGCGUCCGUGCUGGCGCGCAUGGCAGCGCACUUUAUGAACGCAACAAUGCUGUAUCACAUGCUUCACAUGCACUUGACCAUGGAUGCGCGCGUCGUAUAUGCCUUUGCCAUCGGCCGGUGGAGUCUUGUGAACACCGCCCACGUGCCCCAGAGUCUGUUCAACACGGCCGCGUUGCAGUCCUGGGCUCGGUGGCCGCCUGGUAGGGCCGCUGUUGUCCAGGCACUGCUGGCUCUUCGGAGCUACGAAAACGGCGCCUCCAUGACUGCAGGUGGCACUAACCUGUGCUCCGACCCAAUUGCUCACGUCAGCCUGGCCACAGCCGGCAUGGUGCUGCGGGCUUGGUUCCAGGGGAGGGAGGUGGCCUGCUGUUGCUGUCCUGGUAGUACCAUGGCGCUUCCCGAGCUGAAUCUGGACGACGCCCAGGGCUGGAUAGAGAAUGGUGUGUCGGUGAGCGUGGCGGGCGUGGCCUUGUGCCGAUGUCAGUGGACAUGCUGGAUGGGGAGAUGUGUGGAGGCUCUGGUCAAAGGAGCUGCCCUGUGGGAGCUGAGAGCCGAUGUGAUCGAGACUCUGCGGGAGCCGAUACCGUCUUUAUCUUUGGAUUCAGCUUAG